AAUGUAUUGGAUAUUGUAAUAUACGAUAUAUAUUUCCAAAAGUAUAGGGACACUGCUUCAAAUCUUUGGAUUCAGGUGUUCCAAUCACCUCCAUGGCCACAGGUGUAUAAAAUCAAGCACCUAGGCAUGCAGACUGCUUCUACAAACAUUUGUGAAAGAAUGGGUCGCUCUCAGGAGCGCAAUGAAUUCAAACGUGGUGCUGUGAUCGGUUGCCACCUGUGCAAUAAGUCCAUCCGUGAAACGUCCUUGCUACUAAAUAUUCCACAGUCAACUGUUAGUGGUAUUAUAACAAAGUGGAAGCAACUGGGAACAACAGCAACUCAGCCACAAAGUGGAAGGCCACGUAAAAUGACAGAGUGGGUUCAGCGCAUGCUGAAAUACACAGUGAGCAGAAGUCGCCAACUGUCUGCAGACCCUUAGUUCCAGUGAAGGGAACUCUUAAGUCAUCAGCAUACCAUGAUAUUUUGGACAAUUUAAUG